CAGAGGGCAGGUCCAGCAGGGCGCGGUCCUCCUCCUCAUCUGUCCCGCAGCGGGAUCUCUUCCAUUCCCACUCAGCUGCCAGCAGCGCUGCUCCACGGCGGCGCACUGAGACACGACAUUACCGCUGCGGGACAUCCUGCCGGCCCACGCAGCGGCGCGCCUCCGCGUCUGUCUCACGGGCUCCGACACAGAGGGGCGAGCUUUGAACCUGCCUGCCAAAAUAAACUCCCCUCACCUAUUUAUGCCCCUGCCUCCGCGCACCGGGCCAGCUCCUCUCCACGGGCGCUUUGGACACUUUAACGCGCGGGGGAUGGUCACUGAUGGGGACUGCGAUGCGUCCUGCGCCGCCUUCUCCCGUUUGAGACCCCAGAGGGGAGCCCACCUGAGGUAAAGGGGACACUUUCACGCAUCUUUGGCCACCCCGCGAGGUGAGGGGUGGGAGAUGCAGCUCCCCACGCUGGUGACGUGCCUGGCCGGGUGCGCCUUCCUCCUGUCGCCGCUCAGCGAGGGCUGCGGGCCCGGGAAGGGCCACGGCCGGCGGCGGGCCCCGCGGAAGCUGGUGCCGCUCAUCCUGAAGCAGUUCAGUCCCAACGUGGCCGAGCAAACGCUGGGGGCCAGCGGGAAGUUCGAGGGCAAGAUCACCCGCAACUCGGAGCGCUUCAAGGAGCUCAUCCCCAACUACAACCCAGACAUCAUCUUCAAGGAUGAGGAGAACACAGGUGCAGACCGCCUGAUGACGCAGCGCUGCAAAGACAAGCUGAACUCCCUGGCCAUCUCGGUGAUGAACCACUGGCCGGGGGUCCGGCUGCGGGUCACCGAGGGCUGGGACGAAGACGGCCACCACUCCACCAACUCCCUGCACUACGAGGGCCGGGCGGUGGACAUCACCACCUCGGACCGGGACAGGGAGAAGUACGCCAUGCUGGCGCGGCUGGCGGUGGAGGCCGGGUUCGACUGGGUCCACUACGAGUCCAGAGCCCACAUCCACUGCAGCGUCAAGUCAGACCACUCCGUGGCCGCCAAGUCUGGAGGCUGUUUCCCCGGCGACGCCUCGGUGACGCUGGACAGCGGCGCCCAGAAGUCCAUCAGCGACCUGCGGCCCGGCGACCGGGUCCUGGCCUCCUGGGGCGGCGAUGGGGGUCCGGUCUUCAGCGAAGUCCUGACCUUCCUGGACCGGGACCCGACCACCCUCAGACUCUUCGUGGCCCUGCAGACCGACGCCGGGGCCCGGGUCUCCCUCACCGCCGCCCACCUCCUCUUCGUGUCCGGCAGGAACUGCUCAGAUGGGGCGACCCUGGCGCCGGGCGCCCUGCGGACGGUGUACGCCGGCGACGCCCAGCCAGGGCAGUGCGUCCUGGUGUCAGACGGGGGGCCGGGCCGCCUGUCUCGGAUCAGCCGGGUCGGCGUGAGGGUGAGCCGGGGGGCGUUUGCCCCAUUGACCCGGCAGGGGACCAUCGUGGUGGACGGGGUGAUGGCGUCCUGCUACGCCGCGGUGGACCAACACUGGCUGGCCCACUGGGCCUUCGCCCCCCUCAGGCUGGUGUACAGCUGGGCUGGAAACGCCGGGGGCAACAGCGCCGGGGUGCACCAGUACUCACGGGUCCUACACUGGCUGGGCAGGGCGCUGCUGGACCCGGGGCGCCUCCACCCGCUGGGCGUGGCCCAGGACGACACGUGAGAGCAGAAAAAGCGUAAACUUCGGAACCUGAACGGAACCACGGUGAACUUCCUGCUGAGCCACUGAGCUAUAUUAUACACUGGAGUGCUGAUUUUGCCGAAAAACUGAAGUCACUGGCCGCCAU